UUGGAAAUGUUUUCUGUUGUUCAUCUUUUCAUAUAGUAAUUUAAUAUUGGGUUUACUUUUGGAUUUCGUAUAAUUAUUUGAUUUUAGGGUUUCGGGAUCUUGAUUCGGAAUCACUUCUGACUUAUCAGUACUCUUGGUCUUAAGGAGAGUCUUUUGAAUUUUAAUUCAAAGUUAUCACACGAUCCCAGACUAGGUCUCAAACAAAACUGAUUUAAUAGUAACAAGCUAACUAGAAAAGAGGGAUUGAAGAUAUCAUUACAAUUAUUUUUUGAAUAAACUACCUAAUUAAUUUUUAAACUUUUAAAGAACAAGCUCUUCUUCGAUUUACUGAAUUAAUGAUUGGCGAUGUUGCAAGUAUUCGAAAAAGAAAUCCAAAAUUGGUAGAAAUUCCUUUUAAUUCCACAAACAAAUUUCAAUUGAGUAUACACGAAACAGAUGAUGAUAAUGAUGAAUAUUUAUUAGUUAUGAAGGGAGCUCCUGAGAGGAUAGUAGAAAUAUGUUCGACAAUGCUUGUUGGAAAUGAAGAGGUAAAUUUCCCAACUAAAGGUCUUCGUUUCAUUGGCCUAUUCUCUCUUAUUGACCCUCCAAGAGCAUCUGUCCCUUCAGCUGUAGCAAAGGCUAGAUCAGCUGGAUUAAAUGUUGUUAUGGUUACGGGGGAUCAUCCAAUCACUGCAAAAGCAAUUGCUCGAGCUGUUGGCAUUUUGACUGAAAAUACUGAAACAAUUGAAGAUGUCGCUAUAAGGAAGGGAUGCGAUAUUAGUGAAGUGGACCCAAAAGAAGCCUCGGCUAUAGUUGUUCAUGGCAGUGAAUUGAGAUUAAUGACUAAUGAACAACUUGUAGAAUUAAUUUGUCAUCACAAAGAAAUAGUUUUUGCUAGAACUUCACCUCAACAAAAACUUCAAAUUGUUGAAGCUUUUCAAACUUUAGGGCAUAUUGUGGCUGUAACGGGAGAUGGUGUAAACGAUACUCCCGCAUUAAAGAAAGCAGACAUUGGAAUCGCAAUGGGCAUAGCUGGAUCUGAUGUAAGCAAACAAGUGGCUGAUAUGAUAUUAUUAGAUGAUAACUUUGCUUCAAUAAUUGUCGGUGUUGAGGAAGGAAGACGUAUUUUUGAUAACUUUAAAAAGACAGUUUCUUAUGUUCUUCGAAAAAACUUGGCAGAAUUGGUUCCUUUCCUUGCUUUUAUAAUUAUUGGAGUUCCCCUUCCUUUGGGAACUAUAACAAUGCUUUGUAUUGAUAUUGGAACUGAUAUUAUCCCCUCAAUAACCAUUGGAUAUGAAAAAGCAGAAUCUGAUAUUAUGUCUAGAGCUCCCAGAAAGAGGACAGACAAAUUAGUUAAUUUACGUAUUUUUGCUAUGGCAUAUUUCCAAAUUGGAUUUAUUCAGGCAAUGGCUGGAUUUUUUGCCUAUUUUUGGAUUAUGGCAGAAAAUGGAUUUUUUCCACAGAGAUUACUUUAUCUUCGUUCAAGUUGGGAUAACCGAUUAAUUAACAAUUUGGAAGACAGUUAUAACCAAGAAUGGACAUAUACUAAUCGAAAAAUUUUGGAGGAAACAUGUCAAACAGCAUUUUUUAUUGCUAUUGUAGUUACUCAAUGGGCAGAUAUAUUAAUUGUCAAAACUAGAAGAAAUUCACUUGUCCAGCAAGGAAUGGAUAAUUGGCCAAUGAAUGCAGCUAUAUUAAUUGAAACUGGGAUUGCUAUGUUUUUAGCUUAUACACCUGUUGUAAAUGUAGGACUGAAAAUGCAUGGACUAAAAUUUGAAUGGUGGUUUCCAGCUAUUCCUUUUGCUAUCUAUAUUUUCAAUUAUGAUGAGCUUCGACGUUUCUUGAUUCGUCGAACACCCGGAGGAUGGACAGAAAAAAAUCUUGAUUUUUAG